AUGGCGGCUCCGUUGCUGGCGGAGGGGAGGAGGGUGUGCAGGGAAGGGUGCCCCGGGUGCAGGCUGGACGAGAUCAACAAGGCCAACACCGGCGUCCCCUACCUCAACUUCUUCUUCAUCUGGGUCGUCUGCCUCUGCGCCGCGUUACCCAUCCAGUCGCUAUUUCCCUACCUUUACUUCAUGAUUCAGGACCUGAAAGUUGCAAAGCAGGAGCAAGACAUUGGGUUCUAUGCUGGUUUUUAUACUUAUUUCCUUGGAAGAACAAUCAGUGCUGUGCCAUGGGGCAUGUUUGCCGACAAAUAUGGGAGGAAACCCUGCAUUGUGAUCAGUAUCCUCUCAGUGAUUGUACUUAACACCCUCUUUGGACUUAGCACGACUUACUGGAUGGCAAUUGUUACUAGGGGGCUACUUGGGUUACUAUGUGGUAUAUUAGGACCAAUCAAGGCCUAUGCUUCAGAAGUCUGUACAAAGGAACACCAAGCGCUAGGAAUUUCUCUUGUCACAUCUUCGCGGGCAAUAGCUCUUAUUAUUGGACCAGCCAUUGGAGGAUUUCUCGCACAACCUGCAAAAAAGUACCCGAAUCUUUUCUCUGAGGAAUCCAUAUUUGGGAGGUUUCCAUACUUCCUCCCUUGCUUGGUAAUAUCGGUACUAGCUGCAGGAGCAUGUGUUGCAUGUAUUUGGCUUCCGGAAACUCUGCACGUGUACAAUGAUGAUAAAAUAGAAGCUAUCGACACAAUGGAGGUACAAGUUGAUGACUCGAUCUUAGAAGAUGGGAAAACUAAAGAAUAUGGGUCGAAAAGAAUGGCAUCUACAAAGAGCCUACUAAAGAACCGGCAGUUGAUGUCAGCAAUAAUCCUCUAUUGUGUCUUUUCUCUCCAUGAUACAGCUUAUUUCGAGAUAUUUUCACUGUGGGCUGUGAGCAGCCGAAAAUACCGGGGGCUGAGUUUAACAUCUCAGGACAUUGGUACUGUUCUAGCUAUCUCAGGGUUUGGUGUUUUGGUGUAUCAACUUGUGAUUUACCCAUUACUUGCCAAGUAUGUUGGGUUAAUCAAGCCAUUACGCUCUGCGGCAGUAUUAUCUGUACUUCUCCUUGCAACAUAUCCUUUAAUGUCCAACCUAUACGGCAUGGAGCUCCAAGUACUCAUCAACAUAGCUUCGCUUUUGAAGAAUAUGUUUGCAGCCACGAUUACUAUUGCCUGCAACAUUCUGCAGAACACAUCGGUGCCACAAGAACAAAGGGGUGUUGCAAAUGGUAUUUCAGUGACCCUGAUGUCAAUCUUUAAAGCAGUAGCUCCAGCAGCAGCAGGAAUUUUGUUUUCGUGGUCUCAGGAAAACAUAACUGGGUUGUUCUUACCAGGUGAUCUGAUCAUGUUCUUGAUGCUAAACAUGGUGUCAGUAAUUGGGCUCUUGCUGACAUUCAAGCCAUUUUGCUCUAUGCCUAGUGCGACCAAAUAAUGAACCCACGGUUAUGUACAUGUAGCUAGUGAAGUUAAAUUAGAGACUCUACCAUGGAUUUAAUCCCUGAAUAAAUAAAUACACUGUGUGACUUCAUGUAAUGUGUGAUGAAUAUUUUUCAUACUUUUAGGUUGUGUGAUCAGAUAUGGCAUGAUAUCUUUUUCUUUCAGUAAUUUGGUUUAUGUAACUUGCUUCUGGCAAUACCAUCAAGCUUGUUUUCUAGAUUAUUGUACGGAUCAGAAGGUUCUCCCCCCCAAAUAAAAGAUGCACAGAUAUUCUUGGACUUGAUCAACACAUCCACCAUGGAAGCUUAUUCCCGGUUUUUACGAGUACGUUCUUUUUCUAGCCGAUGGAAGCUUAUUCUUU